UCAGAUAUUUGGGCACUGGGUUGUAUUUUGUAUGAAAUGACAACCUUACAACGUACUUUUGAUGCCUCAAAUCUUCCAGCUUUAAUUCAUAUAAUUACAAAAGAAGACUUUACACCUAUACCGCCAUGCUACUCAUCUAACUUGAGAAAAUUAAUUAGCGAUUUAUUGCAAAAAGAUCCUCUUCGAAGACCAGAUGCUAAUAAUUUAGUGACAAUAGUUCCGAUUUUUUUACAGUCGGACAACGAAUCGUCUUGGGCAGUCAAUGACAAUGAAUUACAAUCGUUUAAAAGUGAUUUACAAUACCGGUCGGUUGUUUAUCAGUUUUCAAUGCCUAUAAGUAUACAACCGAUAAACUUGCCAUUUCGUGUAAAAAUUGUUCAACUUGUUGUCAGUCAAACGCAUUUCGUUGCGCUUACUAAUGACUGUUUAGUUUUUACAUGGGGUGAAGAUAAACAUGGUCAAUUAGGUCAUGGAGAAGAAAACACCUGGAAAAACGAUCCUCAGUGUGUCGCAUCGCUAUUAGACAAGCAUAUAACUCAAGUGGGUGCGGGACAAAAUUUUAGUAUUUUUAUAAGCAGCACAGGCUUAGUACUAACAACAG